AACGAGCCCCUCUGACUUGCGUCUUGUGCCUGGAAUACUUGAAUGAUUUGUAGGAUUCAACUAUUUGCACAAUCUUGGCUCGGCUACUCUUUCUCCUCUCUCGCUACCCUCUGCACCACUUUUUCCACAGUCUCAGUUUGGUCCUGGUCCAACUGAGAACAAGACCUCUGCCAGUAGCUCGAGGUGGUGAUGACUUUAUCCACGCAACUUUCACCCGACAGGAGAAAAUGAGACUUUCACUACGCAAAAUAAAGUAAAGUAACCACGAGACAACGUUAAUUUCGAAUUAUUACAUAACGAAAUUUUAAACUUGUGCACAACAAUCGUCGAGAAAUUAAGAAGGACUUGUUUCGUGCCAUUGUUCAAACGUCUGACUUGUCCCCGUCUCCCAUUGUCCAUUCUUUAUCACUGGAGAAAGUUUUGCGUCAAGUUUUCUCUCCACAAAACCGAGACACGACCACCCAACGAACCAAGUCCCUACAGACAGACCGCAAAAUUGAAUUGGAAAAAGUCCUCAUGAAGAAGAAGAAUUCCUCUACAAUACAUGAUGUACUGCUUCUUCUGCUGUGCUUCACAAGGACAAAAAGUCUAAUUUGAGUUUGUCUCUUGUGCCGGGGAGACGACGAAAUUAUUACACAUUCGUCGUCUGUUCCGUCGUCUCAUCCAAGAUUACCAGGCAAGAAAAGCAUGCCGGAUGGAUUUAAGUAACGAGGAAGGAAUGAUCAGCAGAGCGGCUCGACUACUGGCUGGCACUUUACGUGAAAUUUACGCUGAAGAGGAAGCACCAGCUAUUAUUUUUUCCCUGGCUGCACGUGAAAAGCGACGUAUAUCAAAAUAAUAAGUAAGAAGAAGGGCUUGAUUCAUUCGAAGCUUUCAAAGAUCUGACGAUAUCAUCAAGCUGAAAUAUGAUGGGGGCCCGAUCCAAGAAAAAGGGAUACAAGACGCUCACAAUUCUGAAAAGGGCGGGCGUGAUUAUAGCAAUUUUCGACUUGAUUUUGACCAUCAGCGACUGCAGAAAUGUGGGUCGAUUCUUUCUCCUCGUCACGAUGUCCAACACGUUUGACAUCACGCCGGAAAACGUUCUUGGGGAUCACUGUCAAACGCCAGGCAACUUGAGACGAGGGGUAUGUGAGACGUGGAGCCAAAUGAUGGAAACAGGUUCUCCGCUGGCUUUCUCCGCGUCUGAAAUGGCAGGGAGAAGUUUUCACCCUCAUGUUUCUUCCGUGCAUAAUAAUGCUGCGGGUGGUGGUGGUGGUGGUGCUGACAUGGAAGGAGGGUCGAGCUAUCUCAAAGCUACGCUAUCCAUUCAAAGAUUACCAGAGAUGCUCAAAGAGCUUGUUAUGUCUUGGAAAUCUACAUUUGAUCCGUCACGUACGGAUAGGAACAUCUCUUUCUAUUUUGAUGACGAUGAGGUUCCUCGAAUGCAUGAACAGCAGUUACCACCACAAGGAGCCCCACCACCACCAGUGAAGCAUCAACAUCGCCAAACAGAAGGUAGUUGGCAUACCCAGACCUCAUCAUUAUCCUCGUCCGUCCCUUCCUCCCUGCUUGAUAACAACCGUCAGAAAAAACAUGCAUCUCCAUCUCUUCCACCUCCACGUGAGGCGAAGAAUAUUCCAAGUUUGAAUCAGAGAAAGAAUUCUCCUGGAGAAAGUCAUGAAUACGACGUGGACUCGAUUCAUCUGAAUUCUCACGUUGGUCGUGGUGGUGGUGAGAUUGAGCCUGAUUUUAUCACUGGAGUAGAAUCACCACAUGUUCCUUCGUCGUUCCAUCAUGAUCAUACCACGACUAUUCCCCAACCACGAAAUAAUGAUGUGACAGGCAGAACUGACGAUACUGACGACAUAUCAAAACCACUCCACUUUUCCAAGAACAACCAGGAAAUUGGUUUCAGCCGGAAAAAACGUUUUGCUGCACAGCAACCACCAUCCUUGUUACAACAGCCAUUGCAAUCGCAAAAUAAAAAUAGUCAAGACGAAGAAGAAAGCAGUUCAACUGCAGUGCAAUCAAAAAUCGCCAUGCAACCGGCGACCAGGAUGACUUUCACCAGCAUGAUGAGAGAGAACGAAGAGCAAGACUUUGUGGAAACAACAGCAACAACUUCCUCUCCUCUCGAGAAAGCAACCCUAUCCGAAAAAAGAGCCAAAGUAAGUUCAAACUCUGAACCCAAUUUUUAUUCGCCCAACUUUGUCGGAGAUCAAGGAAAUGAUCACUUGAAGCCUUCCAAGUCCGAGGGUGGUGGUGGUGGGAAACGGAAUGGCAGCAAUAGAGCCACGAGUAAUUUGUUCACCGGGUGGAUGGGGCCAAAGGAGAAAGCGGAAGGAGAAAAGUGCUCGCAACCACCCGGACCAAAGAAAAUGAUGGGCUUCUUAGAACAAGAAAUGUUUAGCCAGAGCCGAUGGCAAUCUCUCCUUCAAACUGCACAAGCUUUGAUCAACCCUCGCGCUAGUGGGGGAAAGUUGUGUAUUGGAGAACAAUUAGGGUCAGUGGAAGCCGGAAGCAUCAAAAUGCACAUCGAACUCAAACCCUUUGGUCCCCACCCGUUCAAGGAGGCUGAGCGGAGGUUGAAGGCAACACAACAAAUUCUCUUCGACUCUCCGUGGCUCUCAAUGAUUCAACUCUACUCUAAACUUUCUGGAGGCUUCAUCAAGAUAUUUGUGGUGAUCACAGCCUACACCUGGAUCUGGGGGACGAUUCUUGGUUUAAUAUUAUUAAUCGGAAGUCUCACUGAGGAGGCGGUGUUGAUUCAUGGCUGGAUCGUUUUCAACAUCUUAUACUCGCUCCUGUUCUUCAUGAUCGAUGACUGGAUUCACUCCAACAUUAACCCUUGUCGCACCACAGUCUCCAUGUGGCUUUCAAUCAGCUACUCUUUGUACAAGCCUCUCGCCACUUGGCUCGUUUUAAUGCAGUGGUCCGAACUGAAGAAAUUGGUUUCCUCACCCGACCCGAACAUAGGGGACGGCAAUUGUAGUAGCAACAGUACGACCACCAGUACAAGUUCUCAGUGUUUGGACAAGACCACAAUGAAGUUUGUAACACCUCACCCCUCCAGCACUUCGUACACGUCUUUGUCGUCCGACACGACAAAGGAGUCGACAAUCGUGGACCUCAACAUUACCGACAUUGGAUCACAACCUGUCGAGAAAGAGUCCAACACUUCGGCUGCCCUGAUCCUGGCCGCGUCAAAGCUACGUUUAGGCAGCUGCGACCACCACCUCCAGUCCACGAACAAUCGGGACGACUAUGACGACGAUUACGAGGAGGAUGAGGAGGACGAGGAUCUCGAGUACGAAGAAGACUAUGACGAAGAGUCCGAUGAUGAUGAAGGUGACGAGCGGAGGGACUUGGAAAGGGGUGGUGGUGAAAGUGAGGGAAAAAACACCACCACCACGGCCACCGCUAAUAAUAAGCUGAAUGUUGCGGGUGAAAGGGGCAACGAUAACAACACCGAUAAAAACAACCACCCCAUCGUGAUCAGAGGUCGGAAUAAUGGAUAUAUCGUUACCCAUUAGUGGGAGAGAGAGCAACUAACUCAUGCACCAAGUAGAGUUUCCAGAUGACGAAAUUGUUCCCCAGAGAACGAUACAAAAAUACAUACACAAAAAGCUGGGAGGAAUUUUUCUAUACGAAUUGGGUGGGCCAUACAUGUGAUGAUUAUGGAGAUUUAUUGUAGAAAUCGUAUUUAUCUUAGGAUUACUUUUCUCUACUUGAGUGUCUGGUGUUUAUACAAAAUGAGGGGAUGAUGUGUUUCAGGAUUUUACUUUAUUUUAUCUAUGUCAACCGACCUUGCAAAAGCUGUGGCGACAAUGGGAAACGAAAAUAAAGAAAACAAACAAGCCGACAUUAUAGUAUUUUACCCGAUGGUUUGUUAGGUCGGGAGAGGAAUUUUAGCCCACAUAACAACAAUUCGAAACCCAUUUGUGUCGUCGCCCACUAACCAAACGAAGCAGCGUGGUAGUCACUUUUACGUACUUUUACUUACUCCUUACAACAGUAAAUAUUAAACUAAAGCUGUUUGCACUUGUGCUUUCUUCAUCUUUCGGAGGGCGGAUUUCUGCUUGGACUUUGAGAUUGUUGUUGGGUGUUGUGCCAAGUCUGAAAGCUUGCAUCUUUUCCAUCGCCGUAUUGUUGUUUGGGUUGGUGGAAAGUAAAGAAAGGCGAAAAAUUGGUUUUCCUUCCUUCCUGCCCUUUCAAACGUUGCUGCUAAAACUUCAAAUCAAGCCAGCCAGGGAUCCGUUUGUGUGUUGGUGGUUUUAUCACUCUAUCCAACGCUCAGUAGUCGUGGGAGGAGGUGACACUUGAGAUUUGAGGUUGGCAAGAGUUGUAGAAGAAAAUGUCCUUGUUUGUUCCUUCGUAGUAGUGUUGAGCUUAGCAGGAGAAAGCUAAGUCUUUAAGUCUCUCGCGGUUGAGCUUCUUUAUCCGCUGUUACUUUACAAGUUACAAAUGCUUUCGACCCACCACACGAUACACGCAAUGGGUGAGUAGAAAUACGAUGUUGGGGAAAAUGAGACGGGAGAAAGUUGGGUGAAAAAAAUUGUCGUUUUCAAUUCUCCUCGUUAGUAAAAGCUUUCACGGAACAUUUGAGUUUUAUCAUUUGUGAGAAUUACGUACAUAAAAUCAAAAUCCGUGUAUAUAUUUACGGAAAUCUAUACUGAAGCAUAUCACAUCUAUAUAUGAAAGAUAUUAUAUUUUGAACAAAAAUUUGGCCAGUUAAUUGUAAAUAACCCAAAGUAAAUACAUAAAUUAUAAAGAGAGUAUGUAUGCUAAAAUCUUUCUUGGAUAAGGUACCUACUAUUGAACCAUAAAAAAUAUUUAUGAAAUAGAUAACACACAUGAACAGAUACAUAUACUUAGCACCGCCCAAUAGUAGAACCCUCCGUGUACAUACUCGUCAUAUAAUAAUGAUGAUAAUAAUACGUAUAUAGCAAGUUAGUUUUGCUGCUUGUGUAAUAAGGAAAGAUAAGGAAGUCCAUUUUUUUUUCUUUGGUCUGGUUACUUUCAAGUCUCAGUCACGUUCCUCGUAGGAGAUGAUACAUUAGCGGAAAUGUGAAGGAAAUUCGGUGCAUUCACAUGAACCAACCAACUCCUGGUUCCGUAGUAGUAGUGCAACCGUCAGAAGAACGAACCCGCUAAUGAACUGCAGCCAUCUACUAAAAGCUUUAUAAUGUUCAACUUUCACUUUCCAUUCAGACAGCCACUCUGUCCCGCUAUCUUGAGAUAUGUCCAUUUUAAUAUCAUCCUCUCCCGAGGUGAGGAGGAUGAGACCGGGUCACACACACAAAUAUAUUCAUAUGUGUGAAAUUAGGCUGGAAGGAGUGGGAGGAUUGUGUGCAACCCCCACAAAAAAAGAAGGAGGCGAACUCGUGUAAAGUGGUCACAAGAGAGCAAUGCUGUGCGAAGAGAGACCACACUUUUCGGAUCUGCGUGUCAUGUUCAUGUCCUGUCGUCUAAUUCACUGUGCUUGGAAGUGUUGACGUGGGGAAAGUGGAGGUGAAAGGAGAGUGUGCAUGGUGGUGACGGUGCGGAGAACAAGGAAUUGCUCGUGUCAUGAGUAGUUUUAGGAGGCAAUUUUUCAGUCAGGGAUAAAAUGGAGUGCUCAGAGUAGGUGUCGAGUCCAAUAAUGUUCGUCUCGCGUUGUCAUCGCCAAGGACAAUUCGUACUUGGACAUUUACCAUUUACUUACAUGUGUGGGUAAGAAAUGGUGGAAGAUUUUCUAUCUCUGGUUCUGCAAAGAAUUAUAAAAAUUCGUGGUCUAAAAUAGGUAGAUUUCUGUAUAGACCAUCAUCCGUCCUCAUUAUGUAUUAUUAGCCAAAUUGAUUAAUCGUACAAAGAAAGCGAUUUUGAUUGCAUAACGUGCAAGAAUUCGACACUAGAAACCUUUUUAUUUUAAUUAAUCUGUUAAAAAAAAGUUUUUUCUGCAAGUCAGUUUUUAUUUCAGUCGAAUUCUUAUAAUUGCGCACGUAAGUAUAACUUUGACACAUGACAGAUGCAGAUGAAUGAGUAAAUUAAAUACUUCUGCCGUGCAUGCACCACUAUGCACCACCACCACCACCACCACCCAAAGUGAAUGUCAGACUUGGAAAGAAAUUGGAUUAAUUUAGCAGAAUUAAUUUGCUAGAUUGGAUUUCAUUGAUUGAUGUGGAUGGCUAAAGCUAAAUGGAUUGAUCAGAUUUUACUGGUGUACGGCUGGUUUACUUGAUUAAAUCAUGGUAUCCUCUCACCAUGGGCAUUGUAUUGUUGUAUUUUGGUUUGCUGCUGCUGCGUGCGUGUAAAGUGGGAGUAAGAUUGAUAAGCUGUUUAUCUGUAUUUUCUCCACAGCAGAAAGAGGUUUACAUGUACAUACAUACUUACACCCGUAUUAAUAGGCUAAACUAAACUAAUGGGAACAGAAGGACGUUUGCAAUGACGUACGUGUAUCUAAAUAUGUGCUAUCUAUGUAUUGAUUCAAAUGUAUGUAUUAAAUUAUACAUGAGGUCUGUCUCAUGAGCUUCUAUUUAUAAAAUACAACAACCAAUUAUAUUUUUAAUUGAUGUGCUACCACAAAAUUGUACGCUCUCUAAGCUUAUUUUUAGUUAGAGGAAAUGCUAAAACGAAUAAGGUCACCUUUCGGAAACAACAGGGGAAAAUACUCUUCACUAAUUUUAGGGUUUUGGUCUAAAUAUUGGCCUCUACUUGUGAUGGUGCUACUACAAAUUAUAACUAAGGAUAAGUCCUCGUUGUUGUAAAAAGGUACGUAUUGAUUUUUAGCUUAUGUCGUCUCGUACGCGAUAAGUUGUUGAUGUAUACAUAAAAGUAUUGUAAAAUUCAAUUUCAUUAAGAGAGAAGAGUAUGAGAGAUAUUUUACAUGAAAGGUUAUAAGAUCUUUCCCCUCGUGCAGAGAGAACACUGUUUUCCGUGUAUAAAUAAUAGACAAAGAAAUUAAAUGUCAAAGAUGUUGGGGAAAAUAAAGAUCAAACAACCCCAGGGCAAGCAGCCACUUCUUGUGUAGAGAGGCAACAACAGAUUCGACGGUAUUUAGGAACAAAGAACACGUCGAGAGGGAGGAGGAGGCACCAUUAUAUCAAAAGUUACGAGCUCUAUAUUGUAUAUAUAUUAUGUACUUUCUAGCCGUCGCAUGUUGCAGCCCAGGUUAUGCAUACGGAGGCAGGUGUAACUGUGUCAUAAAUCUUGUAAAUGAACAGUUGUUUUAAAAUUGUUGUAAUAAAAGAGUUGUAAUGUUAUACGUGA